CUAUACAAACUUCUAUCUAUUGGCUUUCAACUAUGUACUCAAUUACUACUUUCAGACAUCUUAGCUCAUCUAUUAUAUUAUACCAUGUCCAUCAUACCAUCGUAGGAUCUUACCAUCGAAAUCUUUUUACAUCAUCGAUUUCCCAUCCGAACUACUGAUCCCCUUCAUUGAGAAUUAAUAUGCCUCUGACGUUAACCUUCAAACUUCACAAUAUACAUCCUAGGUAUUCAUCUAGACUCUUAUUUAUCCAUCCUACGUGAGCCUACCAGAAAACUCCUUACAUCAUCGCUCUCGGCUCAAAAAGACAAAAUCUAUAGAAGCUACCCCUCCGUUGAGUAUCAAGCAUUGAUUUCAUAAUACUACUAACCAAUUGUCCUAACCAAUUGUCCCCCUUAAUAUAGAGUGUUCCGGAGCAUUUGGUCCCUUGUUGAUUGAGAAAUGAAUAUUGAUCAAGUAGGUAUCUACAUCAUACAGAAAAUAGUAGGUAUAAGAAAAGAUGGAAUUCUGUGUGAAUUGGUUGAGAAUUCUCUUUCCAUGAAGAAUUGUGUCUUGAUUACUUGAAUACUUUUCUCUUCUUCAGCAACUUCAGUAAAUCAAAAUAGAAAAUCAAAGUCCCUCACUCGACGAAUUAAAUAUGUCUGCUGAUAAGGGUCAUUUCGAAGAGGGUAUGUUGAAGAUACUCCUAAUUCCCCUUCUUGUAUUCUACCACGGCUCCCAUACACUCUCCACAACACAACCAUUCAGUAUACUAACAAAAAAACCUACAGGUCACCAAACUCCCGUUUCCCAUCAAUCUAAAACCCCAGGUCAACAAACUGAAUUACCAAAAGAAGCCAUCAACGAUCAGCUUCCCACCGACGAUGGUGGUUAUCAACCCUAUGUCGCCGCCGGCAAGCUGAAGGGCAAGAAAGCCUUAAUUACCGGUGGAGAUAGUGGAAUUGGUCGUGCCGUCGCAAUACUAUAUGCAAUGGAAGGAGCAGAAAGUUCCAUCAUCUACACACCAGAUGAAGAAAAAGAUGCACAAGAAACCAAGGAAUUGGUUGAAGCUAAGGGAGGAAAAUUGCAUUUAUUCUCGGCUGAUUUGAAGAGUCAUCAGGCUUGUAAGACUGUAGCUGAGAAAGCUAAGGAGACGAUGGGGAAAAUUAAUAUUUUGGUUUUGAAUCAUGGUACUCAGAUGAUGGUUGAGACUAUUGAUGAUUUAACUGAGUAUGUUCUUUCCUUGUGCUUAUUGUUGAGGAAAUAGGUAUAUGAUAUGAUACUAAUAUCAAUAGGGAACAAUGGGUUGACACUUUCAAUGUGAAUAUUCAUCCAUUCUUCUUCCUUUCCAAGUAUAUCCUCCCUCAAAUGUCACGCGGAGACACAAUCAUCACCUGUGCCUCCGUGAACCCCUACGUCGGACGUCCAGAUCUCCUCGAGUAAGUCUCUCCUUCCACUCCCCCUCAACCAUCAACUCAACAUCCAUUCAUCCAUUCCCUCCAAGCUUCAAACCCCCACUAACAACCAACCCCCGUCCUAGCUACACCGCAACCAAAGGCGCCAUCGUAGCCUUCACACGUGCGCUCUCCAACCAACAAAUCAGCAAGGGAAUCCGCGUCAACGCCGUAUGUCCAGGUCCUAUCUGGACGCCCCUCAUCCCGGCAACUAUGAAUGAAAAAGCUCAGAGGGAAUUUACGUCGCCGAUGGGGAGACCGGGACAACCUGUUGAGGUGGCGACUUGUUUUGUGUUUUUGGCAAGUAAGGAUAGUAGUUUUAUUAGUGGGCAGAGUUUGCAUCCUAAUGGGGGGACGCAGGUGGGUUCUUAGGGAUUGGGAGAAGGAGAGGGAGAGGAAGGGGUUUGUGAGGGAUGGAUGGAUUAAGGCUUUGGCUAUUAUGAU